CCCAAUCUUUGCAUGUCGUUGACAAAAGUAACCUUCUACAAAUGCAGCUACUCUGCAUUCAUGGCCUGUACCUCCAGCAAUACCUCUCAUGGCUCCUCCGUGGGUUCAAGAGCUCCAUUUCCCUCACCUGCACAUCCCCAUCACUAUCGAUCGAAUGACCCCGGUGAAACCGUCGGGGCCUAUUCCUGCAACUCUUGGCGAAACUCUUUACCUUUCAAACCUUGAUGACAUGAUCGGAGCUCGAGUUUUCACUCCAACCGUAUAUUUCUACGCGUCGCAUGACCACCGACCUGUAAUGAAAACACUACAUGAUGCUCUAGCCAGUGUGUUGGUUCCUUACUACCCUUUAUCAGGUAGGCUAAGGGAGGCCAGAAAUGGGAAACUGGAAGUGUUUUUUGGGCAAGAACAGGGAGCACUGCUGGUGGAGGCACACUCUGAACUGGCCCUGGCCGAUCUAGGAGACCUCAAAGUCCCAAACCCAGGAUGGACACCACUCAUCUUUAGGUUCCCAAAUGAAGAACCAUACAAAGUCCUUGACAUGCCAUUGGUGAUAGCUCAGGUCACUAAUUUCAGCUGCGGUGGGUUUAGCAUUGGCUUGAGAAUCUGCCAUUGCAUCUGUGAUGGUCUUGGUGCUAUGCAAUUCCUCAACUCAUGGGCUGCAACAGCAAGAGCAGGCACAUUGAUCAGUAUCCCCGAGCCAUGUUGGGACAGAGAGUUUUUCAGACCUCGCAAGCCACCACUGGUGAAAUUCCCACAUAUUGAAUUCAUGAAAAUUGAAGAUGGCUCAAGCCUCACGAUGAGUCUUUGGCAAACCAAGCCUGUUCAAAAGUGCUACAGGAUGAGCCGCGAGUUCCAAGCCUUGCUGAAAGCUCUGGCUCAGCCUAAGGAUAACGUGUCUAAUGUCGCAUGCAGUACUUUCGAUGCCAUGGCAGCUCAUGUGUGGAGAUCAUGGGUGAAAGCACUUGAUGUAAAACCAUUGAACUAUGAGCUUAGGCUAACCUUCUCUGCCAAUGCCCGCAGUAAGCUAAAAAAUCCAUCACUUAAAGAAGGGUUUUAUGGCAAUGCAGUAUGUCUAGCUUGUGUCACAAGCACUGUGACAAAGCUAGUUCAUGGCAAGCUUUCCCAGAUUACUCACCUGGUUCGUGAAGCCCGGCUUGGUAUUUCAGAAGAGUACUUAAGAUCAACAGUGGACUAUGUUGAAGUAGACAGGCCAAGAAAGCUAGAAUUUGGAGGCAAAUUGACAAUAACUCAAUGGACUAGAUUUCCAAUGUAUGAUUCUGCUGAUUUUGGAUGGGGGAGGCCUAUAUAUGCUGGUCCUAUAGAUCUCACUCCCACACCACAAGUCUGCGUCUUUCUGCCAGAAGCCGAGGCUGAUCAUCCUAGUGGGACAAUGCUCGUUUGCAUUUGCUUGCCGGAAUCUGCUACUCGUAACUUCACACAACUUCUCUCCCUCUCACAUUCCGGUGAUCUAAAUCAUGUUGAUACUAUUAUGUAGAAGUUGAAAACGCGUUGAUC